UAAACUAGUACGGGCGGGUUUUGAGAUUAGUAUUUGCGAUUGUACGCCUUCUUGAAGAGGACAGCACAUCGGAAACUAUGAAAACAAUAAAUUGUAAAAUUUGUUUUAAGCAACUUGCCUAUAAAAGUUCAUUGAACAAACACAUGAUACUUCACACAGGAGAAAAGCCUUACAAGUGUGAAGUUUGUUUUAAACAGUUUGUUCGUAAAAGUUCUUUGAAUGAUCAUGUGAAAGUUCACACUGGCGAAAAACCUUACAAGUGCGAAAUUUGUUUUAAGCAGUUUACUUCUAAAAGCAAUUUGAAUGUCCAUACGAGAGUUCAUACUGGCGAAAAACCUUACAAAUGCGAAAUUUGUUUUAAGCAGUUUAGUCAUUCGAAUGAUUUAAAAAGACAUUUGAGAUUGCACACUGGGGAAAAACCUUACAAGUGUGAAAUUUGUUUAAAUCAAUUUACUUAUAAAAGUUCUUUGGAUGCACAUACGGAAGUUCACACUGGAGAACAGCAUUACAAGUGUGCAAUCUGUUUUAAGCAGUUUACUUUUAAAAGCAAUUUGAAUGACCAUACGAAAGUUCACACGGGCGAAAAACCUUUCAAAUGCGAAAUUUGUUUUAAACGGUUUAGUCAUUCGAGUGAUUUAAAAAGAUAUUUGAGAUUGCACACUGGGGAAAAACCGUAUAAGUGUGAAACCUGUUUUAAGUCAUUUGCUGAUUCAAGUUAUGUAAAACUUCAUAUGAGAAAGCACACUAGGGAA